AAGUUAUAUAAAUACCCCCUCUUAAAGCUAACCUCAAAAAACAAGCGUUGUUUGAACGCGUUCGUAAACGAUAAUUCAUUUCUCAGACUACACGUGCUCUCGUCGCACGUUUCUUUUCUAAAGAACUCAACUGCUCCUCAGUGAAGCGAAGAAUCCUCGCGGAGAGGUUGCAUUUCAUAUCGUUUUAAGUUUUGCAACAACCAACUCGAACAACAAUGGCUGAAGAAGUAAACCCAAAGGCGUACCCCCUGGCUGAGGCUGCUCUGACCACCAAGAUCCUAAACUUGUGCCAGCAGGCCAUGAACUACAAGCAAUUGCGUAAAGGCGCCAACGAAGUAACCAAGGCUUUGAACAGAGGUCUCGCCGAAUUCAUCGUUAUGGCUGCUGAUGCCGAGCCACUCGAAAUCUUGUUGCAUCUUCCUUUGCUGUGCGAGGACAAGAACGUUCCUUACGUAUUCGUAAGGUCCAAGCAGGCUUUGGGCAGAGCGACUGGUGUGUCAAGGUCAGUCAUUGCAUGCACUGUGACCAUCAACGAGGGAUCUCAAUUGAAGUCGCAAAUCCAAUCGAUUCAACAAGAAAUUGAACGUUUGCUUGUCUGAAUCUGUAUUGUUUAUUAAGUACAAAUUUUUAUAUUACAAAAUAUUUUUUUUGGAAUAAAAUAUAUAUUAUUAAGUA